GAAGCAACUCUGCACAUUUCAAGCAAUAAAGGGAAUUAACUCCAUUAGCUCAAUUUGACUGGUCCCCCCUGUUGUUGGGAUGCCAAUGGCGACGUUAUUCAUUUCAAAGCGAGCUGAUUGAAGCAGCAUACAAAUAUUUCCGAAGAACAACCUAAAUCAAAAUAACAAUGCCUCUUGGAAUCGACAGAACAGAAUUUUUUGCAGGAAAGUGCAAGGAAUUAGAAAGACAGCUCCGGAACAGGGAUGAAAGAAUUGCUGGCUUGGAGACAGAUAAUGCUAUGCUGUACCUAAAGCUGGCACAACUUAGAAGUCAACUACAGGCAAGCCGUACUGAAAUCAAUGCAGCUGAAGAUGCAAGUGACAGAUAUGCUGCCUUCUACGCAAGCAUCUUUCAUCAGGCCUCUCAACUUCAAAAGCAAAUCCAGAUUAUGAAAAGUGAGCUGUCCAACAUCCGUGGUCUUGCCUUAGAGUUUCCUCGCCAGGUGUCCCGGACUCUGCAGCGUGCAAGCACUGUGGCACAGCACCAUAAAAGCAUGGUGCAGUCCCAGUCUUUCAACAUCACAGCAUUAGCAGAUCAAGUUGCUCAGCUGCAGCUUGCAUUGUCUGACAUGACAGAUCGCCAUGGCAGAGAAAAGAAACGCCGACAAGACUUGCACAAUGCACUCAUGGAACUCCGGGGUAAUAUUAGAGUUCAUUGCAGGUUGAGACCGCUAAUGGAGUUUGACUGUGGAACAGAGGACCUCGCUACAUUGGGAAGACAAGGCAGUAAGUCAGAAGUGGUUGUUCAUCCAGUGGAUGAUGAAAAUCUGUGUGUUCGAACCCAUAAACAAAAUAAAGUGUUUGAAUUUGAAAGGGUAUACAACCCAGGAGAAAAACAAGAGGCAGUCUUUGAUGAAGUGCAACCUAUGCUUACUUCAUUGUUGGAUGGUUAUAACAUCUGCAUCAUGGCUUAUGGUCAGACAGGCAGUGGCAAGACACACACAAUGCUUGGAUCUCAUCGCAAUGACGAUUAUAACCCUUCUAAAGAGCCACACCCAGACGAGGGAGUUAUUCCCCGAGCUUCACGGGAACUCUUUAGACUCAUUGAAGAGAAAGCUCCAGGCACACAUGCAGUUGAAGUGUCUGUGGUGGAAGUCUACAACAAUGACAUCCGGGAUCUUCUCAGCAAAGAUCCUAACGCAAAGCAUGAUGUUGUUGCUAGUGGUGAUGGGGGUGUCAAUUUCCCAACAGUCAUGUGCAAACCAGUGGACACAGUCUAUGAAGUCAUGAGUCUUGUUCAGCAUGGACUUCGCACACGCCGUGAAACAGCAACCAUGGUUCACGAACAUUCCAGUCGCUCUCACCUUGUUGUAACAUUGACUGUUAUCUCAAAGGCACCAAGCUUUUUUUCCCUUCCGCAAAGUACAUCAACAGAGGUACUGAACACUGAAGGUGCUGCUGUCAAGAAAACACGUUCAACACUCACACAUGCCCAGUCAUGGUCUGGUGAACAGAUACAGGCAGCAGUACCACCGACUCCACCAGCACCUGCCCCAACUGUUCGCACCAAACUUCAGCUGGUAGACCUGGCAGGAAGCGAGUGUGUAGGAAUGUCUGGGGUAAAGGGAGUGGCACUGAGAGAAGCAUCAUACAUCAACAAAAGUCUGUCAGCUUUGGCAGAUGUGCUGGGAGCAUUAUCAGAACAUAGAGGACAUGUUCCUUACAGAAACAGUCGACUGACGCAUUUCUUGCAGGAUUCUAUUGGGGGUGAUGCCAAGUUGCUGGUUCUUCUCUGCGUUUCUCCAGCACAACGUUACAUCACAGAAUCUCUGCAAUGUCUAGGAUUUGGCCAAAGGGCCAGGCAAGUCCAACGUGGACCAACCAAACGGCGCCUGCCAUCCUCAGCAGAAAAAGUAGACAGCCCCAAAGCAGCCAGCAGCGUGUUCGGCCAUCAUCAGCAUCCACUCCUUCACGAUAAUUGCCAUUGUUCUGUCAAUAGCUUUUCGCCAUUUAAGAUUUUUUUCCAAAGUCUGUUUUAACUGACUGUUAUAGAAAUUGGUUUUUCUUACAUUCAUGAUGCUUGUGUCACAGAUUAGUGAAUAUCACAGGUACAAACUGUUGUUAAUGAUUCAAAAUUGUUAUGCAUUUGGUGUUCAUAAGGUGAAGCAGACGUUAUUUCCACAAAGUGUUUCCUAAAAUCUUAUUGACAGUGCAGUUGUCCAGCAUUAGGAUACAACUUUUCUGCCAAAACAUUUACUUGUGAAUUAAAUGCAGGAAGGCACAUUAGAAA